AUGCAGACUGCACACGAUUAUAUCUGGGUCUAUCAUUAUUACUAUGGCUGGGCUAUGGGGAUCUUCUGGGCCGUGGUCAUGACCGUCGGCAUCGUGAAUCGAACUUUCAGCUCACUAUCCACAGGACAAGGUCGUGGGGAUCUGUGGCUCAAGCGUAACGUCUUCCUUCCUGCAACAUUUGGUCGGCGUUGUGUUCAAGAUUUUGGCGGUUGUGGAACUCUCCCUCCACGCGUCCAAACAUUGACUAUUUCUUUGACAACCUUGGGAAGUUUCGUGCUGACAAGACGGUUCAGUUACCCUUCUGUUUGGCUGCAGGUUCUUCGACACGUCUCCGACAGAACAGGCAUCAUCUCAUUCGCCAAUUUUCCUCUCAUUUGGUUUUUCGGCUGGGACUUUAAAACAUACAAUAACUUUCAUCGAUGGGUCGGUCGGAUAGCUACUAUCCAAGCUGUCGUUCACUCCGUCGGAUAUAUCAUCAUAAUUUUCCAAAGGGGCGGCUGGGAGUAUUUCUGGAAGAUCUCUAACCUGAAGUUUUGGUGGACCGGUGAGCUGGCAACCAUCUUCAUCUGUUUACUCGUCGGGUCGUCAUUCUUCUGGGUACGACGUAGACAAUACGAGUUUUUCCUUGUCGCGCAUAUUGUUCUAUCAGUCUUUGUCCUUGUGGCAAUGCUUGGACACGUAUCUAUCUUCAGAGGCGCCUACGAUCCCCUAGUGUGGAUUCCAGUCGUUGUAUGGCUGCUCGAUCGAGUUGUCCGCGCCGUUCGAAUUAUUGCCUUCAAUCCCAAGUUCUGGAAAACCACUGCUCUGAUCACUUACAACGAGGAUGCUCACAUGGUCAGAGUCGUCGUCCCUGUGUCUUCAAGCAUCUACGGAAUCGAGCCGGGCACGUUUUACUACCUCUCUGUGCUUAACAAGUGGAACUUCUGGGAGAGCCAUCCCUUCACGAUUGCGUCGGUGACAGAACCCGAAGCAUACCCUUUAUCAGACCGGGCGCCAUUGCUAGGUCACGCGACAUACCGGUCGGACGAGAUGGAACCUGAGUACGAGAAGACACAACGAGAAAUGACAUUCCUUAUUCGCCCCUAUGACAGCUUCACAUCUCGAUUGAGAGAAUAUGCUGAGCGGGACCAGCCGAAACCAGCCAAAGUUCGGGUAGCGAUAGACGGCCCAUACGGGAAAACCUUGCCUUUGGAGCGGUUUGACAAAGUAAUUUUUAUUGUUGGAGGUAGCGGCAUUGCUGUCCCGCUUUCGUACCUUAACAAACUUACAACCUCAGCCACCGGACCUAAGUUAGUUGAAGUUCACUGGGCAGUACGACAAUCUGCCCUCGCUGAGGAUGUUCUCAACCACGAGUUGAGUGAUGUGCUUGACAGCAGUCAAGUGAGAGUCAGUAUCUAUGUUACUGGUGCAAGCAGGGCAAGGCCUGAUCAGAUAACUACUUGUCACUUUGCUGAGUGGAGAGAUGGGAGGCUGAACGUUGAAGGAAUCAUCGACAACGUUUUGGACAGUGGAGGUGAGGGAAGUCUUGCGGUAGUUACAAGUGGUCCUGCCAAGAUGGCUGAUGAGAGCAGAAGUGCUGUGGCAGCACGGGCUGUUCCUUCGAUGCCGAGGAUAGAGUAUUUUGAAGAGAGCUUCCAGUGGUAG